GCGAGAGUUAUGCCGGCGUUUAUAUACCAAUGUUAGCCACAAAAAUAUAUUCACAUAACUCUACCAUCAAUUUAAAAGGCGUAGCAAUAGGGAACGGUCUAUUGCUAAACUACCAGGGUCAGCCAGAUUUAACGCAAUCAAAGUAUGACUAUUUCUUAGCGCACGGAUUGAUAACAACGGAUGCCUACGAGAAAAAGAUUGAAAGUUGCUGUGAGUGUACGGCCGGUGCGGUUCAACAUCAAUGCGAUUUCCUACGCCCGGCCAAUAAAACCAAAUGCGAGUCAGUACAGGUGGACACCAUGAAGAUGAACAACCCGUUCAAUAUCUACGACGACUGUCCCAUGGAUAAGGACUCUCUGGACAUGUUUGACACAUACAUUAGGCCUGAAUUUUUACGCAUUGGCAUUAAUUAUAAGCUGAACACAAACAACGGGGUGAGCGCACCGGUGCCCGGAUGUGUCACAUACGGUACGGCUACGUAUCUGAACACAGAGGCCGUGCGGACAGCCCUACACCUGAACACAAACAACGGGGUGAGCGCACCGGUGCCCGGAUGUGUCACAUACGGUACGGCUACGUAUCUGAACACAGAGGCCGUGCGGACAGCCCUACACGUAAGGCCCGGCAGUAAGAAGUGGUCGAUGGGUGGCGGACCCUAUGAUUGGCAACACUUUAAGACACCACAAGUGGAAACCGUUAAACAACUAAUAAAUACAUAUAAAAUACCAAAACUUAUUGUAUAUAACGGAGACUUCGAUACGGUUUGCAAUUUUAUUGGCGAUCAGAGGUUUGUCUCGAGUCUAGGCUUUCAAGCGGUCGGUCAUUACAGGGAGUGGACAGUCGACGGCACCAGUGAUGGAGUGAUCGGCGGUUUUAUACAGAAUUAUGAAAAAGGUUUGAGUUUUGUUGUGGUCAGAGGGGCCGGACAUAUGGUGCCCAAUAGUAAGCCCGAUGCGGGACUGCAACUCCUUAAAGGAUUACUUGGAUUUUUACAACAAUACAUGGCCGACACUGACGUCAAAAAUGGUGGUCGCAAAUAUGUUAUACCGCCGGUGCGAACAAACUUUGCGCACCACAUGUGCCCACUGGUGUCGGAUACCGGCAAAAUGGCCCAGUACCAACAGUGGUGGUUCGAGUACUCGCUGCACCCGCGCCACCACUUUGACCGUCGCAUCGGGUCCUCAAUGAUUGGCUGCGCCAGUCUUUUCUACCCGCACUGCAAGUCUGCCCAACGGUUUGAAAACGUGGUCAAAUGGGUGGGCCAUCUGUUCGUGUGGGACGACCACAACGACGCGGCUGUCGGCCAACUGUCACACCAGAGCUCACUCGCCGAUCCCAUCUUUGAGCAGUUGAGGCGAGCCGUGAAUCGGUUGGAAGGGCUGUAUAUGAGGGGCGAUUGCGGUCGCGAACCCAUGACCGCGUGGCGACCCUAUGUAAUGGCCACGUAUGCUGUGGUGGACGCUAUACUGGCCGACUUGAAUGCGGCGCAAAGGCGUCGGGUGAUCGACGGCUGGCGCCGGUAUAUCGACGGACAACAGUUGGAGAAUAAGAUGAUUGACCGACAAAUGGGAAAUACUGUUGAAGAGAUACAAAAGAUACGUAUGACGAGUGGAUCCGCCGAAACCAUGUUCGCGAUUAUUGAGUACUCGGACGGAGUGUCGGUGACGGACACCGAGUGGGCGGACCCCCGAAUGUCACGGCUCCGGGAGUUAAGCAAUUUGAGUAUACAAUACGUGAAUGACGUCUACUCUUUCGAAAAGGAAUUGCACGAAAAGAACGGCCAAAUUGAGCGCAUGUUUGUUAAUUUGGUCGCCCAUUACGUGCUCCGGGAGGGGCUCACUGUUGGCCAGGCUAUGGAAAAAACAUUGCACGCGUGUCGGGAAGUGGAGACCGAGUUCGAGUCCCUCAGCCGACAGGUGCACGAGUCGGCCGAUUUUAGCCCAGACGCCAAACACUAUGUCCGCAGUCUGGCCGCUAUGAUCGGCGGUAAUCAUCACAUGUCCGCUACAAUCACUCGCUAUAAUAACAUAUAC